AUGCGGGCAUAUCAGCCUUCAGUGGAGCCGCUGUUGGAGGUGCUCCAGACUCUGAAAGCGCGGUUUCAGGCCCAGGAACAUCUUCCGGAACUCCAAGGGCAGCAGCUGUCAGAGGAGCUCUCGGUGACUGUGGCGCUCCUCCUGAGCGACGGUCAGCUGGGGUUGGAACUGACCGAUCCGACCAAUGAGUCGGAGAAGAAGUCUCCAAUUGAGGUGCUAGCGCUCGAAGCAUUGUUGGCCCAGAAGCUGUGGCAGGAGUCGAAGGACUCCAAGGUGAGUCGAUUGCUGGAGGUCGGAGCUCUACGGUUUCGCUUGGGCGACUUUGCGAUUGCCCUCCACGACUUGACGCUGGUGGUGGAGCAAGAGCCUGCCAACAAGGAGGCCGUCCGGCUGUUGGAGCGUUGUGAGAAGGAAGUGGCGCGCGAAGUGCAAGAGAAGGCGGGCUACCUCUACUCCCUAGAGUGGUCCGACGGUGAGGAUGCUUCGGUGGUGGAGGCACUGGAAAGCGAAAGGCUAAGGGAGCUGCAGGAGCUGAGCACCACAGAGGCUCCAAACACACCGCAUGCACAAAGACUGCGGGCGGUGCACUUGGAUCGUUUGGGUGCCAGACGCUUGGGGCUCCGGUUGAGAGAGCUGGUGAAUGGCUUGGAGGUGGAAGAAAUCCGUGACGGUGUCGUGAAGGACUGGAAUGCCACGGCAUCGCCGGGAGAAAGAAUUGGCGUUGGUGACAAGAUCGUGAAGGUGAAUCAGGUCCGCGGCAGUGGCAGGAUGCUCUUGGCAGAGUUCCGGAAGGACCAGGUGCUCCACCUGCUGGUUGCUCCUCCAGGGGAUGACAUCGUGGCCAGCGAGGCCAGCAACAAGGUUCCUCCACGAGCGGAAGAACUCACCUGGCAGGAUCUCAGCCUGCAACAGCUUUUGGGUUGGAGCCCUCCAGGACUCUGCGAUUGGCAAUGGCACGAGACUCCUCUGCAGCAAGCCACUGGACUAGGUCCGUGGAAGAUGGCAGUGGUUCAGUUGGACGGUUGCACUUGGACUUCAGAGGUGGAUGAAGUCUUCAUGACCUCGCUGGAGUGUCAGGAGCGCAUUUCCUUCCCUUCCAAAUCCUGUUUGGCGAAGCUGCAAAGUUUGGACUUGAUACUCGUCCCGCUGUUGCUGGAUGAGGAGGUGGAGGAGCUGAGUGAGCUCUGCGAAGAGGUCCGCCGGUUCCUGGCCGAGCUCCAGGAGAUGGACCCCUUUGCACGGAUCGUCGCGUUGACCUGCGGCAGCAACGGCCCCGACUGCUUUGGCGCCCGAGACGAUGGGUUCGGAAUGCCCGCGGCCGCCCCGGCGCGCGGGAUGUUCCGCUGCUUCCGAUUGGAACAUCCUGAGACCCCCAUCUUGCACAUCGACACCGACGCCGUGGGGCCCGGCAAGACUGCAGAACUGGAGGCGCAGAUCCGCCGCGAGCUGACCUGGAGAUACAAUACCCAGCAGGCCUCUGACUUGGCUUUUCUGGGACGUGAGGUCGCCUAUCGCCGCCAGCGCCGCUUCGUGCCGCAGUUGGACGUGUGUCGUCAAGCUCCAGCCCGCAAGCGCGCCUGCCUUCAACGCACCGGUGUGGCACUGAUCACCGGCGGCACCGGUGGACUAGGAUUGACCACCGCAGAGGUCUUGGUCGACGCGGGUGUGCGCCAUGUAGUGCUUUGCUCACGCUCUGGGAAAGUCUCUGCAGAUGCGCCUGGGCAGCUGAUGGAGAGGCUGGAAGGCUUGCAGCGGACGGCGACCGUGGUCCUGGAGGCUUGUGAUGCAGCUGAUGAAGAUCAAGUGCUGGCGAUGUGGCUGGCCCUAAACGUUUUGCGAGGGGGUUAG